CGGAACACAUUCGUCCAGGUCAUCUUUCAACUUGUAUUCUAUCUCGUCCUCACUGCCGUCGUCUACUUUGUCUUCGUCGGCAUACCGCUGUGGAAAGGUACGACAUGGUACAUGUACCAGCUGCUAUCAAAGAUGCUCGUGUUGAAGUACGGCUACGUCAUCUUCAUCGGUAUCGCGACCAUUUACGCGUUCCUGCCACUGCUCAUCCUGUUUGAGAAAUAUCCAGAGAAAGCACUGCCGCUGGAUGAUCCGCGGGUCACUCAGACAGCCUUGAUCAUCCCUUGUUACAAGAGUGCCGGUAUCAUCGAGAAUACAGUCAAGAUGGCGCUCAAAGUCUUCCCGCCUCAAAACAUCUUUGUCAUCGCAAAUGGCAAUUCGCCCGAACCUUUGGACAACACUGCUGACGUUGUUGCACCGUACGGUGUUAACCAUGUCUGGUCCCCUGUUGGCUCGAAGAUUGUGGCACAGUUUGUGGGCUGCUACGCGGCUGAGAGGUUCAAGUAUGUACUGUUGAUCGAUGACGAUUGUGGCCUACCUCCAAAUUUCCCCAUCGUUUCGGAUCGCAUCAAAGGAAAAGUCAAAUGCCUCGGAUACACAAUCAAGUCCGUAGGACCCGGAUCGUCCAAGGGGACAUUUUGCCAGCAGGCCCAGGAUCUCGAGUAUAAAUUAUCCGGUCUUCAGCGAGCUAUGGCUGGGAAAAUGGGUUCUUGCACGUUUGCGCAUGGCGCCAUUGCCUUGUGGGACAGGAAGUUCCUUAUAGACACGUUCAACGAGCAUCCCGGAUUUUCCGUGUCGGAGGAUUGGUUCUUUGGACAUGCUGCGCGGAAGCUCGGCUCCAGAAUUACCAUGUGUACUAGUGUAUUCGUGGAGACGGAAACGCCUUCGGCUAUUUUCUUCUCUAGUGGCGGGUCGCGAGGUGGUUUCGGCGAAAUGACAAUCUGGAAGCAGCGUUUCUUCCGCUGGAACUUCUUCUUUGUAAACGGAAUCUUCUACAACAUGGCAUACAUCCUGUUCUCUUGGAAGCUCGGAUUCUGGGAGAUUGGCACAAAGAUCUUCGUCUUCCAGGAAGUCUUUGAGACGUUGCUAUAUGUUCUCGCACCUUUUGUUCUACCCAUGUCGUUCAUGAUCAAUCCUGCUUUUACCGGCAUCAUGACGGGCGUUACCACCGGAGUAUAUCUCAUCAACGCGGUUUUGUUCAACGAGAUACAUCUCCGUUUGAAGAAGGAGAGAGUCUCAUGGGCCUGUAUUGCAUACUACAUGUGGUACAAGUUUGUACUGAACUUCGUCAAUAUUUUGAGUUGUUACUGGUCUAUUCUCAAAUACACUCAAUACUUUGCCGUCCGCCACCCCAAGGUUAUCGAAGAUGAAAAGGCUCUCGACGUGGUUCUCACUCUGGACAAUGAAGAAGUGAUGAACCAGUCCACCACUCAGCCACUAGCGGCGCAGCCUCCGAGACGAGGAAUGAGCAUUCGUACCCAUUUCACCACGAUGCCAGCCGAGCAACAUGAAGAUCGAUACUAUGGAAGAAAUAACGCAGCAAGAGGUGUAGUGAGUAGGAUUGCAAGUGUGCGGCAAAGGGAGAGAAAUGAAGUAGAUCACUACAGGCCGUAUGAGAUGGGCUACUUGCAGCACGCAGAUGGGGGUGUAUAA